GUCGGCAUUAGAAAAGCCGGCGAGUUGGGAGUUGGGUCUGGCUGAGGUGGGGUUUGAAUUGAGGUCGACGGAGGAGAUGGGGUUUGAAUUGGGAUCGGUGGAGGAGGUGGGCUUCAAAUUGAGGUUGGUUUGAACUGGAAUUGGGGUUGGAGAAGAUGAGAGAGGGAGAAGAGAGAGUGGCAAGGUCUGAAUGGGCGGAGCAUUUAUGGAUUUUCUGGAGGCCAUGGUGCAAAACCCCAAUAGCCACAAACAAUAUGACUACGAAAAUGAAGAUCCUUGUUGAUUUUCCCACACAACACGUUUUUGUAUUUCCUUUUCUGGGUUCUGCCGUAGAGUCUGAGAGAUGAACAGAGAGAAUGGUGGGUUCUGUUCUGCCCAGGCACAGCACCACCCCCAUCACCAAACCCAGGCAUAGCACUACCCCGUUACCAAACCAUUCGAAGGAACUUUUUCUACCCUUUUUUGACUUUCUUUUCUUUUAAUUUUUUGUUUAUAUAAAAAUUUUCUUCUAAUUUUUCUUACAUUUUUUAACUUAAAAACUGGCCAUGCAGGUCACGUGAUUAAAAUUUGGAUGGACAUUCGAAAAAUUAAGAGCGAGUCCCAAAUUGGCCAAUUUCAUAUAGUUUAAGUUCUUAAUUUACCGAAAAAAUUGUUUAAGGGGAAAAUUGACAAUUAUGGUAUAGUUCAAGGGGCAAAAGGACAGUUUAGCCUAAUUUAUUUGAGGGAUCUUAAAGGAAAUAAAUAUUUUAUUGCAAGUACAGAUCGUUUGGACCAUGUUGCUUGCUCGAUUUAUUUGAGUCACCAUAUUCCGUGAUCAAUAUGUUUGCAGGUUGCAACAACGGCGGAUUCUUUGUGUUCUACGCCUUCAACACAUAUUCCUCUCUGAAGAACGAGAAAGUACCAAAUGAAUGCAGAAGAACAAGCAGGUGAUCUUGAGUCACCCUUGAUUCCAUUUGCAGAUCAAGAACAUGACUAUCAAGCAAGAAAAGGACAACAGCUGACCCGAGAUGAGUUUUUCGUGGAAGUGAAGAAGCAGCUGUUGUUAGUAGGGCCUCUUGUGUCAUCAAAUUUCUUGUUGUUUUGUAUACAGGUUGUUUCAGUCAUGUAUGUUGGUCAUCUCGGAGAACUUGCACUUUCAGGUGCUUCCAUGGCCACUUCAUUUGCUUCAGUAACUGGUAUCAGCUUGAUGAUUGGAAUGGGAAGCGCAUUGGACACAUUUUGUGGCCAGUCCUAUGGAGCAAAACAAUAUCAUAUGCUUGGUAUACAUAUGCAGAGGGCAAUGAUUGUUCUUUUGCUGGUCAGCAUUCCUCUUGCAGUUGUAUGGGCCAAUACAGGCUUCAUUCUUGAAUUUUUGGGUCAAGAUCCAGAAAUAUCUGCUGCUGCUGGGGAAUUUGCUUGUUACAUGAUACCAAGCCUUUUCGCUUACGCAAUCCUUCAAUGUCAUUCUAGAUUCUUGCAAACUCAGACCAAUGUGGUUCCCAUGAUUGUUACCACAGGAACUGCAACUCUGCUACACUUGCUUAUCUGUUGGCUUCUGGUAUACAAGACCAGCCUUGGAUAUAAAGGUGCGGCUGUGGCAAACUGCAUCGCAUAUUGGAUCAAUGCAUUGUUAUUGUUUCUUUAUGUCAGAUUCUCUCCCUCUUGUAAGCACACAUGGACUGGAUUCUCAAAGGAGGCCUUUCAUGGAAUUCUCAGUUUUCUUAAACUAUCCAUUCCUUCAGCUGUAAUGAUCAGCUUAGAAAUGUGGUGCUUUGAAAUGAUGGUCCUCUUAUCUGGUCUUCUUCCUAAUCCAAAGCUUGAAACCUCAGUCCUGUCAAUCAGCCUUAACACAUGUGCACUGACUUACAUGAUCCCCCUCGGACUGGGUGGUGCAGCAAGCACAAGAGUUUCAAAUGAAUUGGGUGCUGGGAAACCACAACUAGCCCAUCUUUCCGUAUGUGUUACACUCUCCAUGGUUGUUACUGAAGGCAUUGUGGUUGUUGCUGUCAUGAUAUUGGGUCGAAAAGUUUGGGGCUACUGUUACACCUCUGAUAAAGAAGUUGUGGAAUAUGUUGGAGAAAUAUUACUGUGGGUUGCAAUAGCCCACUUCUUUGAUGGAAUUCAAUCUGUUCUUUCAGGUGUCAUAAGAGGAAGUGGGCAGCAAAAGAUUGGGGCUUAUGUUAAUCUUGGAGCUUAUUAUCUUAUAGGCAUUCCUAUCUCAAUUAUAUUAGCUUUUGUCCUGCACAUUGGAGGGAAGGGUCUUUGGAUUGGAAUUACUGUGGCUCUGUUUGUGCAAGCAGUAUCACUUUCAAUCAUAGUCACAUGCACUAACUGGGAAAAAGAAGUGAAGAAAGCUUCAGAUAGAGUGCACAAGACAAUGGCUGUGACGGAUGCAGUAUCGUAAAAUAGAUGCAGAAGUCCUGAUCAUAUCUGGAUUGGGUCCUUAAGAGAAAAGAAAGAACGGAGUAAUUAAUGAAGGAUCUAGCCCUUAUUUGUGUGCCUAAUGAUGUCCUCGGUGGAAGACAUUUCAAGCCGUAUCAGAAGCCGAAGGCGACGAAUCUCAAAUUACUAAACAUUUGAUUUGUAUGGCUUGGUUGCCAGUUUUGGCAUCCUCAGAAUUUCCCAAACCUAGUGUUGUUGCAUUUUCAAGAGUUUAGACAGGGUAUAGUACUCUGUAAUUACUUCGGGAAGAAAGAAACAAAAUGAGGUCUUUUUUUUGUCAAAGAACAGCAGGUGUUUCCAGUCUAUUAAAAAUUGUGUGAGUUCUUACAA